CCCAUCGGAAUUGUAGAGUGGUCAGAAGAGUAUCAGAAUAAACAAUUUAGAAAAAUAUAAAUAAAACACAUUGGUCAGAAUAGAACUGAACUGGCAGCAUGAAGCGCAUCAGCGAAAAAAAACUGGAGGCAUUCACUGUUGGCACCUUUGCGAAGCGACAACUAUCGAAAAAGGAGCUCGAGGAGCAAAAGAAAAAGGAGGAUGAGGCGGCUGCCGCACAUGCAUUUAAAGAGUUCGUAGAGACAUUUCAAGAAGCGCCGACACCCUCGUCUAAGGUCUGGAUUAAAGCCGGUACCUACGAUGCUGGCUCGAGACGGGAGGAUAAAAGCGAAAAGGGCAAGCUGUACAAACCCGGAUCUAAAUUAAGCGAAAAGAAUGCAACUGAUAAAGCAGAGGAUUAUGCCAAGCUGCUGGCCUCAGAUCUCAAAAAGGAGACGGGUCCAUUAAAAAAGAAAAACCAGGAGAAGAAGAAAAGCAAUUUGGAGCUAUUCAAGGAAGAGCUGAGGCAAAUACAAGAAGAACGUGAAGAGCGACAUAAAUAUAAACAUCUGGCCGUUUCGCAUGCCCCAACAACACAACAGCCAAGUUCAAGCUCAACACAGCACUCAAGUGCCUCACGUAAGGUGGGCUCAUUUGAUACCGGUGAUCCCAACACUACCAAUGUCUAUUUGGGCAACCUCAAUCCGAAGAUUUCAGAGCAACAGCUUAUGGAGAUAUUUGGACGUUAUGGGCCUUUGGCUAGCAUUAAAAUUAUGUGGCCUCGUUCUGAGGAAGAAAAACAACGAGGUAGUAAUUGCGGUUUUGUUGCGUAUAUGAGCCGCAGGGACGCAGAGCGUGCGCUUAAGUUACUCAAUGGCCGCUAUCUUAUGGGCUACGAGAUGCGGUUAGGCUGGGGAAAAACUGUACCCAUAAUGAAUACUCCGAUCUUUGUGCCGCCUGCAUUGUUAGAGUUGACUAUGCCACCACCAUCGUCUGGUCUGCCCUUCAAUGCACAGCCGCCGCCAAGCGAAAUGUGUAACUUACCUAAGAAGAACUAUAAGGAAUUUGAAUCAGUCGAAGAGAAGGAAAAUAUGGAAAAGCUCUUGCACAAGUCUGUUGUGAAAGUCUUCAUCCCUACUGAAAAAUCUGUGCUUAAUGUCAUACAUCGAAUGAUUGAGUUUGUCAUACGCGAAGGACCCAUGUUUGAAGCAUUAAUUAUGAGCCGGGAAAUGGAUAAUCCCCUAUUUUCUUUUCUGUUUGACAAUGAAAGCCCAGCGCACAUUUAUUAUCGUUGGAAACUCUUCUCCCUAUUGCAAGGUGAUACUCCAAGCGAGUGGCGAGAAAAAGAGUUCCGCAUGUUUAAAGGCGGCCCUAUUUGGCGACCACCAGUUGCCAAUUUUUACACACAAGGCAUGCCCGAUGAAUUAGUCGUGGAUCCCGAUGCACCUGUUGUUCAUAAAGGCGCUUUAUCCAAUGCCCAACGUGAUCGUUUGGAGGAUUUGAUUAGACACUUAACGCCCGAACGUUCACGCAUCGGUGACGCCAUGAUCUUUUGCAUUGAGCAUGCAGAUGCAGCUGAUGAAAUAUGUGAAUGCAUUGCAGAAUCACUUGCCAAUGCAUCGACACUAGCUUCGAAGAAGAUUGGCCGAUUAUAUCUCAUAUCCGAUAUUCUUCACAAUUGCACUGUAAAAGUGGCAAAUGCUUCGUUCUUUCGAAAGUCCGUGGAAAAGCAACUUGUGGACAUAUUUGAAAGUCUUCACAGUUAUUAUCUCACAAUUGAAAGUCGACUAAAGGCUGAGGGUUUUAAAACACGUGUUUGUAACGUGAUACGCACGUGGGAAGAAUGGACAAUUUACCCAAAGGAAUUUUUAAGUCAAUUACGAGCCAUAUUUCUAGGCAGACAGUUUGUAAUGCAGCAACCAAACACCCCGCCUCAAGUGGAAGAGGCGCGAUCAGAAGAGGCGUUAGAUGAAGACAUAGAUGGUGCUCCACUGUCAGGUGAGGAAAAGGAUGACGAGGAUUUGGACGGUGUCCCCCUUGACGGAGCAGCGUUACUGAAGGGUGUACUCAAACGCGUGCUGCCAGAGUCUGCUGCACAACAGCGGGAUACUCCGAAGCAUAGAGAUGUAGAGUACUCCGAUGAAAUUGAUGGUGUACCCUUGGACGAAGAUUUUGACGGUAUACCAUUAGAGCAAGUGCAGAAGCCAGGUAGUAGCACCAAGACCCAAGCUAAAGUCGGUGGCUUCAUACCUUCAAAAUGGGAAACGGUCGAUCCCCAACAAGUUGAAGCCCAAGCCAUAACCACAAGCAAGUGGGAUACUUUGGAUCCUCCAGAUCCGCCCAAGUUCUUCUCCUCUGAUGAUGAAAGUGACGGAGGUAAUUCACAGAAGUACAGUGAUGAGAAGCGUCAGAAAUUGCGCGAUAUAGAGCUCAAAACUAUGCAGUAUCAAGAUGAAUUGGAAUCCGGCAAGCGACGCUUGGAACCAGGCUGGACCUUGCAAGAGCAAGUCGAAUACUAUCGCAAACGUUUACUAAAGAAGGAUGCUGUUGUGGAUAUUGUAGACUCACCACUCAGCUAUAUGCAUUCAAAGAGUCAGCGAAGCGAGAGUCCUGAGAGUCGGCACGCACAGCAUUACAGCAGUAGCUCACGCUCCAGUCCGAGUCAGCGGAGUAGUCGUAAACGUUCCCACUCGCCUUACAGCGGGAGCGACAGCAGACGUCGUGACUACUCACCAGAACAUGGUCGACGGGACUAUUCGGCCGAAAGCAGUCGCAGCGCCAAGUCCUCAAAGCGCAAUCGUUCCAGCAGCCCAUCAGAGUCGCCAAAGCGAUACUCGGAGCGCACAUCGCGCAGCUCUCGUUAUGAAAGUCCUACACCAUCGUCCAGUUCACGGUCUCGCAAGUCACAAUCGCCAUCAUUUUACGGAUCGCGCACUCGACACGACGAACGAGAUAUGUAUGCCAGUGGAAACUCUUCACCUUCAAGAUAUCGCGCAGAUAAACACAAGCAUAAGUACAGGAACUAAGAAUAUACUACGGGAGUUGUGUGUUUCAUUUCAUUGACCUUUUUUAUAAUUACGCAUUAAAUUCAGUAAACAUUUGUGUAGAAUGUGCGUACACACCGUAUAAAUAUGUAUAUGGUUAGCUUAUAUUCGCAUGAUUUAUGUUCGAAAAUAAAUUAUAUCAGAAUGGAAA